GCGCGAGUGGCACGGUGACGGUUGCGAGUGGAGUGUCGAGUGCAGGCGGCGUUGGUGGAGCGGUUGCUAUUUCGGCCGGAGAUGGUGCCUCUGGAACGGGUGGCGCAGUGACCGUGGCGGCUGGUUUAUCGGCGACGGGCGGAUCUGGUGGCGUCCUCACGCUCAAGUCGGGGUCUGGAACGGCCACGUCGAGUGGGGACAUCAUGGUCAGCACGCCGAAUGCUGGGCUGGCGGGUGUGUCUGGGCUGCUGAGUUUCAGCAGUGGCACGUCGUCCACCGGCAGCUCCGGGAACUUGAUCCUGGGCUCGGGGACGGCCGCCGGUGGCAACGGUGGCUCCAUUCUGAUGACCGUCGGAUCUGGCAACACGGGCACUGGCGGCGUCGUGUCCAUCAAGGCCGGCGCGAGCACGGAAGCAACCACUGGUGUUGGCGGAAGUGUGUACCUGAGCGGUGGCACUGGCGUAGCGACGGGUGGUGACGUGAGUCUGCUGAGUGGCUUUGCGUCGACAGGAACGUCUGGGACAAUCGGCGGAUUCAUUUCGCUCGUAAGUGGUGCAGGCACAAGUGCUGCGAGUGGUGCGAUCACUGUGGCAUCAGCUGCAUCUACUACAAGCGGCGCUCUUACGUUUAGCUCUGGCAUAUCCUCUGCUGGCAACUCGGGUGCUAUCACCAUCAAGUCGUCGGCAGCAACUGGUGGAAAAGGCGGAGCUAUCACUUUGAGUGUCGGAAAUGCGAACACUGGAGCUGGUGGGGACAUUACCAUUACUGCUGGUCUCACUACAGCAUCGACUAUGACUGGCGGCAAGUCAUCCAUUCUUGGUGGAACUGCUGGUGCUGGUGGCAACUUGGUGUUGGCGAGUGGAACUGGCACGAGCGCAUCCAGCGGCUCAGUGACGAUAUCGACACCCACGUCAGCAUCGAGUGGGUCGCUGACGUUUAGUUCCGGGACGUCCACGGCUGGGAACUCGGGAGCGAUUACGAUUCAAACGUCGUCAGCGGCAGGUGGUAAGGGUGGUGCGAUUACGCUUAGCGUCGGUGCAACCACAGCGGCAACGUCGACUGGUGGUGGUUUGACCUUGACUGGCGGUGCUGGCACCAACACUGGCGGCAGCCUCACGCUGUCAGGAGGCAUGGGAACCGCUGGUGUCGGUGGUGAUUUGAUAUUUACCAGUGGUGCAGGCACAAGUGCUGCGAGUGUGGUGCGGUCACGAUUGCAAGUGGAGUAUCAAGUGCAGGGGGCACAGGCGGCGAAGUUUCCAUUUCGGCAGGCGAUGGUGCUACUGGGGUUGGUGGCGCUGUCACAAUCGCCGGUGGACUUUCUCCAGACAACUAUGGGGGCAGUUUGA